UCUUCUUCGUCGUCUUCAUAAUAUGCCGUUCAUGAAACCAACGCUAAGUCGAUACUCUCUGUCUCUGUUUUCUUCUCCGACGUAGCGAAAAAAAAAAAAGAAAAAAAGAUGAGAGGUUUCGAUCAUCGUCGUCGUCUUCAUCCUCUGCUGCUGCUGCAACUGUACGUCGUUUCGAUUUUCGCGCUUUUUCUCACACCAUGCUUCGCUUACACUGACAUGGACGUACUCCUCAAGCUCAAAUCCUCCAUGAUCGGACCCAACGGCUCCGGCCUCCACGACUGGGAAUUCUCCUCUUCUCCGGCGGCUCACUGCUCCUUCUCCGGCGUCUCCUGCGACGUCGAUGGUCGCGUUGUCUCUCUCAACGUCUCCUUCACUCCUCUCUUCGGCACGAUUCCACCUGAUAUCGGGAUGUUGAACCGUUUGGUGAAUCUGACCUUGGCUGCGAACAAUUUCACCGGUAGAUUGCCUUUGGAGAUGAGGAAUCUCACCGCUCUGAAGUUCCUCAACGUGUCGAACAACGGCAAUCUCACCGGGAACUUUCCCGGCGAGAUUCUCACGGGGAUGACGGAGCUUGAAGUACUCGAUGCGUAUAAUAACGGCUUCUCCGGGAAGCUCCCGCCGGAGGUCCCGGGGCUUAAGAAGCUGAAGCAUCUCUGUCUUGGCGGGAAUUUCUUCGAGGGAGAGAUUCCGGAGAGCUACGGGCAUAUCGAGAGCUUGGAGUUUCUAGGUGUCAACGCUAACGACCUCACCUGCGAAACGCCGUCGUUUUUGUCCCGGCUGAAGAAUCUGAGAACCUUGGUCAUCGGUUACUUCAACAAAUACACGGGAGGAAUUCCGCCGGAGUUCGGCGAGUUGACGAAGCUCGAGUACCUCGACAUGUCGAGCUGUACCCUCACCGGCGAGAUACCGGCGAGCUUGGGGAAUCUGACGCGUUUGCAUACUCUGUUUCUUCAGAUCAACAAUCUCACCGGAAAAAUUCCGCCGGAGCUUUCUGGAAUGGUGAGCUUGAAAUCAUUGGAUUUAUCCGCCAACCAACUAACUGGAGAGAUCCCACAGAGCUUCUCCACUCUCCGGAACAUCACUCUGAUCAAUCUGUUCACGAACAAUUUUUACGGUGAAAUCCCAUCCUUCAUAGGAGAUUUCCCGAAUCUCCAGGUUUUCGAGGUGUGGGAGAACAAUUUCACGUUCGAGUUGCCCGCAAAUCUCGGCCGGAGCGGGGAGUUGCAGAAGCUCGACGUUUCUAACAAUCAUCUCACCGGAUUGAUUCCUAGGGAUUUGUGCAGGGGCGGGAAGUUGCAGAUACUGAUUCUCUCGAACAAUUUCUUUUUCGAUUUAAUACCGGAGGAGCUUGGCGAAUGCAAGUCUCUGACCAGAGUGCGGAUCGCGAAAAACCUACUUAACGGUACGGUUCCGGCGGGAUUCUUCAACUUGCCGGCGGUGACGAUCAUUGAACUCACGGACAAUUUCUUCUCCGGCAAAUUACCUGCCGGGAUGUCCGGUGACCAGCUCGACCAGAUCGACCUCUCGAAUAAUUGGUUCGCCGGCGAGAUUCCUCCUUCAAUUGGCAAUUUCCCAAAGCUCAGGAAACUAUCCAUGGACAGGAACCGAUUCCGCGGCGAAAUCCCCCGAGAAAUAUUCGAUUUGAAGCAUCUCUCGACGAUCAACAUCAGCGCGAACAACAUCACCGGCGAAAUCCCUCCCUCCAUCACACGCUGCACCUCCUUGAUCUCCGUCGAUAUUAGCCGUAACAGUCUCGCCGGCGAAAUCCCCAACGGAAUCGUGAAUUUGAACAACCUCGGCAUCCUGAAUUUGUCCAGGAAUCAACUCACCGGCCACAUCCCCACCGAGAUCGAGAACAUGACGAGCUUAACCACUCUCGAUCUCUCCUUCAACCUCCUCACCGGAAAAGUCCCAGUCGAUGGUCAAUUCAUGGUCUUCAACGACACAUCCUACGCCGGAAACCCACACCUCUGCCUGCCCCACCACGUCGCGUGCCCGUCACUCGCCGGCAAAGCCGCUGGCGAGGGUGAAACGUCGUCGUUCUCAGCCUCGAGGGUCGUAAUCACGAUUAUCUCCCUAAUCACAGUCUUAAUGGUGAUUAGCGUAACGGUCUACAAAAUCAACAAGAGAAAGCAUCAAAGAUCAUGCGCGUGGAAGUUAACCGCGUUCCAGAGACUAGAGUUCAAAGCCGAGGACGUACUCGAGUGCCUCAAGGAAGAGAACAUCAUAGGCAAAGGCGGGGCUGGGAUCGUAUACCGCGGGUCCAUGCCAAACAACGUGGACGUUGCGAUCAAACGCCUCGUGGGCCCGCGCGGGACUGGCCGCAGCGACCAUGGGUUCGCGGCCGAGAUCAAGACGUUGGGACGAAUCAGGCAUCGCAACAUCGUGAGGCUGCUCGGGUACGUUGCGAACAAGGACACGAACUUGUUGCUUUAUGAGUACAUGCCCAACGGGAGCCUUGGGGAGCUAUUGCAUGGAUCGAAAGGCGGACAUCUUCAAUGGGAGACGAGGUAUAGAGUUGCCGUUGAAGCCGCCAAAGGGUUGUGUUAUCUUCACCACGAUUGUUCGCCAUUGAUAUUGCACCGUGAUGUCAAGUCCAAUAACAUAUUGUUGGAUUCCGAUUUUGAGGCACAUGUUUCCGAUUUUGGGCUCGCUAAGUUCUUGGAAGAUGGAGCUGCUUCCGAGUGUAUGUCGUCCAUUGCUGGAUCCUACGGAUACAUCGCCCCAGAAUAUGCGUACACGUUGAAAGUGGAUGAGAAGAGCGAUGUGUACAGUUUCGGAGUGGUGCUAUUGGAACUGAUAGUAGGGAGAAAACCCGUGGGAGAGUUUGGUGAUGGGGUGGACAUAGUGAGGUGGGUAAGGAACACGGCCGCCGAGAUACCUCAACCGUCGGAUGCGGCCACGGUGAUAGCGAUCAUCGAUCCGAGGCUUUCGGGGUACCCGAUAACGAGUGUGAUUCACGUGUUCAAGAUCGCGAUGAUGUGCGUAGAGGACGAGGCCACGGCUCGGCCGACCAUGAGAGAGGUCGUCCAUAUGCUCACCAACCCUCCUCACUCUGUUACCAGCUUCAUCACUUUCUGACUUGACGAAGCAUGGACCAUGUUUCUCCCUUUUAUGCUAAAUUAAUUUAAGAUUUGGAAGUGGUUAUUAUCAUAGUUUUGGUCGGUCCAUGUGAAAUACUCGGUAUUGUUAUACAUAUUUAUAUUUCAGUUUGUAUA